UGCACUGGCUGCUUUUUAAACAGACUUGUGGCUGUGCUGAUCGCGAAUAGCAAACGUCAUUCACUAACUGUCCAAUCAAAGCAAGGGAUUUUCGAAACCACGAUGCCAUUGGUUUAGGUGAAACUUCUAUAUGUAACCAAUGAAAUCGCUUCGUUUUCGCGCCCUGCGCCGACUAUAAAUAGCGCCAGUGUGGCUUUCUCGUUACUGACUGAGCAGUUUGUGACAGCCAGUUUUCUACCAUGUCUGGACGCGGCAAGCAGGGCGGCAAGGCUCGCGCCAAGGCCAAGACCCGCUCGUCCCGCGCCGGCCUGCAGUUUCCCGUGGGCCGCGUGCACCGGCUCCUCCGCAAGGGCAACUACUCGGAGCGGGUGGGCGCCGGCGCCCCGGUCUACCUGGCGGCCGUGCUGGAGUACCUGACGGCCGAGAUCCUGGAGCUGGCUGGCAACGCGGCCCGCGACAACAAGAAGACGCGCAUCAUCCCGCGCCACCUGCAGCUGGCCAUCCGCAACGACGAGGAGCUCAACAAGCUGCUGGGCCGCGUGACCAUCGCGCAGGGCGGCGUCCUGCCCAACAUCCAGGCGGUGCUGCUGCCCAAGAAGACCGAGAGCCACCACAAGGCCAAGGGAAAAUAAGAUUGAAAACAAACCUUUUAGCUAAGCCAAA